AUGACCUCUUAUAAUCACCAAGCAGCAGAAAACGACGAAACAAAUCAUCAUAUUGAAAACUGCGACAAAAGUAUGGUUACUGCGGGCAGCUCCAAUAAUAACGUCAAAAACGAAGUUGAUUCGGUCACUACCAUCAAAAAAGAUGAUGAAAGUUCUAUCACUGAUUCAACCAUCGAAGGCUCAAGUAACGUCGAAAACGAACAUUCGGUCAAUGAAAGUUCUAAUAACAUCGAAGACAACGAUGAAAAUUCCGUCGAAAAUAUCGUUGUUACUGACGAUGAAGGGGCUGUUGGUGAGGGUGACGACGAAGGGGUUGUUGGUGAGGGUGAAAUACCUAUCGAUGAAAUCGAUGCUUUUCCUUUUUGUGGAUCCAAGUUUCAAGAGAGUUGUAUCCAAAUAAAAAUUGGGUUGAUAUCAGCUUUGCUUGAGUUUCAACAAUUUGAUGAUUACAUCGAUUAUCGUAAUAACCCUGAAGCUGCAACUUCAGAUAAACUGCAAGCUGCAUUUCCUUACAUUGCGACACUUUUCUAG